AUGCAAAAUCCCGUUCCAUCGCUCCAAAGUCUAUGGGGUUUUUGGUAAAUCUCCCGAAAUAAGGUCUGUAAUAACCAAAACCUCUAAAUAUUUUCACGUUUUAUUCUAUGACAUAAAACACACCUUAAAAACACCUUAAUUUAGCCAUGUCAGGUAAAUGCUAACAUAGCCAGGUUGUUUCAUGAGUCAAGGAAACAGAAAAUGUGACCUAGACUACAUUAAAUGUGGAUUUUAGGUUUGAAACUGUGUUAGGUCGUACGCAUGUCCAGUGUACAGGAUAAUCUGUGCUUGACACAGACAAUCGAUCAAUGAGCAUAACUCAUUGCUUUUUAUGUAAAACUAAUUUAUUUACAGUAAAAGUUUGCAUGCAGAGAGGCGUAUAUUGUAUAGCAUUGGGGUUUGUAAACUGGUGGUGUUCUUUCCCUUUUGAACCCAACCUCUGUUCCUCAGAUUGGCUGUGCACUGGCAGCAUUGGAGUUUCCCCUUUUUAUCAUAUAUGAAUUGGAAAGCAAGCAGAGAAUUUCAGGAACAAAUUCAUCACUAAAAGGAACACAUCUAAGAAAAAUAACACCAUGGCAAAAUACGAAACAACUGUAGAUCUAAAGGCUGGCGUGGAGUGUCUGAAAACUGUGGUACCCAUACAGGUUAAGUCCUCUCGAAGUUGGAUAUGGAAGACGUUUGCUGUAAUCGUCUUCCUCUACCUCUCCGUAGCGGCUUCUGUCUUCUUUGCCUGGCAUUUAAUGAAACAGGACAACAUGGAGAUACAGAUUUUGUCUGCAGAACAAAUCAGCACGCCAUCAGAGCAUGGACAAGUCCUACAGUAAAUCGCUGAGCGCACAAAGGCUGCCAUUCAUUUACACGGUGAGCUAAAUCAAACUCUAAAGUCACUGAAGUGGGUGAGCGGUGGGCAGCAGUCCUUCGAGCAGGGCGGCCUUGAACUGAUUGACAACAAGAUUCGCAUUCCGGCUGAUGGCCUUUAUUUCGUGUACAGCCAGGUGGCCUAUGGUGUACCGUGCAAAGUGGGUGAAGAUGGUGAAACGCAGAAGUUCCUAAGCCACAAUAUCAUGCGGUAUUCAGAUACAAUGGGUGGACAAAUGCCACUGCAGGAUUCAGGCCAUUCUAUCUGCCAAUCAGGAGAGAAUGAGAUGACGUACAGCACAAUCUAUCUCGGCGCUGUCUUUAAGCUUCUGCAGGGCGACAGGCUGUCAACAUCAACCAACUAUGUAGAUUACAUUGAUGACGAUUCUUCAAAAACAUUCUUUGGAGUGUUUGCAUUGUGAAUUGAAUUAUGGUUAGAGUUGCAUGAAAGGUAUCCCUAUAAUUAUAAAUAUAGGCGGUUUCAUCUUAACAACAUAAAUCACUUUUGUGACCCCCAACUGAACUUCCGAUACACAUUCACAAACAAUAGCGUGCCUGUAGAUUAUUUCUGAUAACAAUCAAAAGAAACCGAGAAAAACCGUUACUUGGCUAAACUUGUCUCUCCAACAUUUUGAAUUUAGACUGCGAUACCAAGCUCAACCGCUAGAUGUCAAUGUACCAUACGGUUUCUUUAAAUGCAACCGAACUACAGGACCCAUUCAACAAAUUGUUUUUUUUUUUAAUAAAAUGAACAUACAACAAAAUUCAACAAAUCGUUUAUUUAAUACAAUUAUUACACAGUAAAAUAAUAAUACAAAUUAAUAUUAACAUGAAUUAAAUUAAAUAUAAAUAGUUAUAUUAUUAUACACUAGUGACUAGCCAAACACAAACCACAAGUUAACUGGGGGUCAGGCGCGCGCGCCCGGCCGAUGAAACAGUCUAUAUGGGGCUCACUAAAAUGUUUCAGUCAUGUGACUUACCCAGUGGUGGAGAGUAACGAAGUAAAUUUACCUGAGUACUGUACUUAAGUACACUUUUUGAGUAUCUGUACUUUACUUGAGUAUUAUUUUUUCUGAGUACUUGUACUUUAACUUCACUACAUUUGAAAGACAAAUAUCAUACUUUUUACUCCACUACAUUUAUAAAAAGGUCCAAAAGUAGAAAAUGGUUUCUAUGCAGCGGGGUUUCCUGUGUGCGCAAUUUAUCUGGCUUGCGAUCUGCCAGGACCUUUUACUGUUGCCAAGUAUUUCAGUUUUUCUAAGCUCGCGGUUUUCCGGCAAGCUUUGAAUGGCCAUUUGGCAGAUUUUUUUAACGCAAAUCUGGCAACUCUGGGAUCUUCCCCGCUAAACUAAUGUAAACGUAGGCGCUGCUACAUCGUUGAUAGCGCUCUAAAAAGGCAAAUAGAACAUUAAAAGACGAAAAAGGCACAUGUUAAAGUGUGGUGUAAUCAUCUGUGGGUUACGAUCAGUCAAAGAUCGUAGAAACAUUGUCAUGAAAAUGAUCGGCAUAACGGCUAAACGGUAAAUAAGCAUCACAUACACCUUGAGCUACACGUGCGUGUUAACUUCUGAUCUGCUGCUAUAUCAUUUAAAGCGAUUUGGAGAAUGAAUGAUGUUUUUACUGAAGUAACUAUAGUUGAAGUAUUCCUGUUGAAAUAAAAACAAUAGAACCCUGCCCAAAAUACAACAGAAAAUGUAAUGGAUUUAAUGGUUAUAAUGGGACUUGUACUAUGGAUACUUGUUGUCUAGUUGUAUGUGAUGGAUUCUAUUGAUGGGAUGGUAAAUCCUAUUGGAAUAAAACCCAAAACACACUACAAAGAGGAAUUUAAUUUAAAAAUCUCAUUCUAAUUCAAAAAUUCAUUGUUUUUUUCAGCAGGGAUGGUAUUUGCAGUAAAACCACAGUAUCCACAUAUUUACCAUUUUCUAUAUAUAGGAACCAUACUCCAAUUAAUAAUCUUUAGUAAAACCACAGCAACUAAACAUAUAAUGAACAUAGUUCAUUAUACUAGCUAUAGUUUACAGUAUGUUUGUAGUUAAAUUAUGGUAAUACAAAUGGUAAUAAAUCCAACAAACACAUGGCUUCUACACUUUACUAUUUACAAGAACCUUAUUACUUACUGGUAAAUUGCUGCUAAAACUGGUUAAGGGAAUAUACAAAAUAAAAGAACACUGCUCAUAAAUACAUAGGCCUAGGGGGCUAAUGAGGAUAAUUAGGCUAAAUGAUCAUACAGGAUUAUAUCUAAACUAAACAUAUAUGUGCUAAACAUAUAAAGCUCUUAAAGGAGUUGCUCACUGCAAAAUUUGCCCCCAUUG